UUUGCCAUGAUCCGCAGCGGCUCCUGUCACCCGCCCACUAUAUUUCCGGCAGCAUCUUUGACUGACAGGGUGGCCUGGCUCUGCUGCACUGCAGGGGUCUGCAUGACCCCACCUCCUCUCCUCCUCCACUGGUCUGCAGCAUCUAAGGACACUGCUCCUAUUAUCAAAGAGAUGUCCAGGGACAAGCAGCCCCGAUCCCCCCCUUCCCCCACCCACUCGGAUCUAUCCCUGCAUAGCAACGAGGAGUGGGAGCCGACCCAGGAGGGGGAUACGACCGCCAGGCAUGCAGUGACCAGCCACGGUCGUCAAGGGCCCAUGAGAAGUCUAAGAAAAAGCCUAGUAGAAAGGCAAGAAGCCAGCCAGAGGAGCAGUCGGAGGAGGAAGCCUCUGGUGAAGAUGCAGGACCGAAAAAGCCGCGUGGACCCAGAUACACUGAGGCGGAAAACUGUGCUCUAGUGGAUGGCGUCGACAGGUCCAACAACGUUCUGUAUGGACCAAGGGCACAGACCACAGCAGCUAGGACAAAGCGAAGCAUCUGUGAUUCCAUCACGAGCCAAGUCACUGCAGUAUCUGGAAACCGCCGGAGCGCCAGAAACUGCAUGAAGCGGUACAGUGAUUGCCGCAGACAGACCAAAAAGAAGAUGGGGAUUCAGCGCCGACAUGAGACAGCUACGGGAGGUGGCCCGGCUCUCAAUCUGAAGUGGCUACCCUGGGAGAAUGUUAUUAGAAGGUGCAUGAACCCUGCCAUGGUCGAAGGAGUUCGCGGAGGUGUGGACUCUAGCCGUCCUGCUGGCUUUCCCGAGGAGGAAGAACCGCCCAGAAGACGGAAGAAGGCGGGAGAUAAGCAGUCCAAAAGGAGGCCUGAUGACAGGCCUGCCCAGAGGACAUCACCUGCGCGCAGGACAUCGCCAGCGCGCGGACCGACACCUGCGCAGCAGGCAUCGACAGCAGCGCGCAGGCCGACACCUGCGCAGCAAGCAUCAGGAGCGCGCAGAUCUUCACCUGUGCGCCACAGAUCGUCAUCGCACAGUUUGUCACCUGUGCACCAGACAACGUCGGCGCGCAGACUAUCACCUGUGCGCCAGACAUCAGCGCACAGAACUUCACCUGUGCGCCAUACACCGUCGGCGACCACACCACAAGAUGGGCGCCAAACUACAGCUCCUGCGCGCAGGCCAUCACCAGAUCGUCGUAUCUCCAGGAGCUCUGGGACUGUGACUGAAGAGCCUCAAGACACAACCCUUGAGGACCCAUCACCCGAUCUGUUUGAGUCUACAGGGUUAACAGACGAGACUUUUCUUGGGUUUGAGGACAGCCGUGCAGACGUAUCCAGCCAGACCCUUGAAAAGUCUUCAGAUACGAGGACAAGUGAAGCUCCUGGAGCAGCGGCACCACAGGAUGGAGAAGUGGUGCCACGGACCAGCAGCGGACUAGCUUCGGGAAUUGGUUCCUACUACAGGCCGGAUCUCCUCCUACAGGAGUCGUCAGAGGAUGACGAGGUGGAAGUGCAGCAGGCUGCAGUUGCUACAUCCCUGUCUGCCCAAAUGCAAGUGGUGGCAGACGUCCAGGAAGGGCAGAAUCCCUCAACUGUUCAGAGGGUUCACACCCUGGCAUCGGAGAUUACUUCCCGCCAGGAUACGUACACAAAUGUCGUUGGAAGCAGACUGGAUAACAUUGAGAGGACAAUGGAGAAGAUGUCAAACAGUCUGCUUGAAAUGCAGAAGGCUCUUGCCGACAGCACGGCCACAAUGCUACAGGUCAGAAUGGAAGAUCAUAGGGAGACUAUGGACGUCCUAUACAUUCUGGCCGAAUCCAUGAGCCGGCUCGUGGAGAACACAACAUGUCUGGCACACAGCAAUACCAACAUGUCGGAGAGCCAUCGACAAUCCUCAUCCAGCCAACAGCUCAUCGCAACAACACUGCAGAUGAUCUAUGACAAGCUCCCAGAACCAGCUCAUCAACACGCUGGUGAUCCACCAUUUCCGCCGUCACAAGCCACAAGGACGCCUCGUACCCUUCCACAACUACCAUCCCAGUACAGACAGUCACAGAUGUACCAGGGAUAUACAGGGAUGUACCCCACCCACCAGAUGCCUCCACCACCGGCCGCCACAUCUACAGCCGCAUGGGCACAGAGGCCCAGUCAACGCACUACCCAGCCUCCCAGGACAUCGACACCCCACCAGGAGGAACACCAGGAUCCGGACAGACUUCCACCAUAAGCCCGGUCGUAUUGUUUUAUUUACUUAUAUGUUUUUCAUGUAUCCCUUUCUUCCCCUCCCAUUAGUUUGUUUUUUUCCUUACUAUUGUUUUUUCUUUGUUGGGCUUCCCCACCCGUGACCGGGUACUACCAUGGAGCUUUGUGUAGGCAUACAUGCGCGGGCAUGUAUGCGGGCGCGUGUGGUAACGGAUGAAAGCUCCUUGUGGCUACAUGUAUGAUGGGCCAAAGAGCAAUUCUGAUACCACUCUUUUACCCAAAAAAUCCUUUUUGUAAUGGUGUACAAUAGGCUUUCACUGUUGUGUGAAUUUACUAUUCACUAGUGUGUGUUUUUGGCUUAUUCAUAGGAUUGGGUGGAAUAUUGAAGUGGACGGCAUAAGUUCGUGUUGUGCGUACCAAGAUAUCUAUCUACACAAGAAAAGAAUAUAAAGAAUAACAAACUACUUUUUUGUUUUAUUAACUGUCAA